CGCAUGGUGUCUUGACCUCGUCGGACGUCCGCACUCUUUUAUUUUACACCCCUUUAUUUUCCGCACACAAAAACAAUAGACCAUAGACUAUAAACAAACUUUAAAAAAAAAAACCUACGUAACAUAAAGUUUUUAAAAAUAUACAUAAUCUAUCUGGUGCUCUUUUUGCCUUCUACGUGUGUGUAUUUUUGCAUGUAUAUACAAGUAGUUUUAUGUGUGUGUCAGUGUGAAAGUUUGAAAGUUUCGACAUGAAUGGAGUCGUUGUGGAUUCCGAACGUAACGCGGAAAUGGCGGGAAAUGUUGACAGACAUUCCGCAGUGGACGUGGUCGCGGGGGAGGCAAGAGAUCGUGACGUCACCAAAACAUGGCAGCCAUCAGACAGUGACAGGUUAUCAGCAUACUCGACGGACCGCUCGUCUCUUUUGCGCUCUCACGCGGCCAAGUCGGCUGAGUGCAGUGGACAGGGCUCGCCCAAAGCCAGGAGGAUACCCAGGGAGUCGCGGAGAGUGUCCCUCGCGCAGGCCUCGGGAUACGUGCAGCUCAACCAAUACAGACUCCUCGAACCGAUUGGUCAGGGUUCAUACGGUAUCGUCAAGUUAGCCUACAGCGAAGAAGAUGAUACACAUUAUGCGAUGAAGAUUCUCUCAAAACGCAAGCUGAUGCGGCGAGCUGGUCUGUUCGGCAGAACACCUCCCAGGAAGACAGGUCCCGGCCCGCCUCCAGACCCCCUGCAGAGGAUUUACCGAGAAAUAGCUGUGCUCAAGAAACUGGACCACCCGAACGUUGUGAAACUUGUGGAGGUGUUAGAUGAUCCAGCUGAGGACCAGCUAUACCUCGUAUUCCAGCUGUUAGAAGGUGGACCUGUGAUAGAAAUACCCACCGAAAACCCCCUGAGUGAAGAAACAUCAAGAAAGUACUUCAGAGAUGUAGUCCUUGGCGUAGAAUAUUUACACUUCCAACGUAUCGCGCACCGGGAUAUUAAGCCAGCGAACUUGCUAAUGGGAGAGGGCAGAGUGCAAGUGGCAGAUCUCGGUGCAUGCGGGGAACUCGCCGGAGCCGGAAGAUUGUCCGGAGCGGUCGGCACUCCUGCCUUCAGGGCUCCUGAAGCUGUGGCGACUACUGACAAAUACAUAGGGGAAGCUGCAGACAUCUGGUCUCUGGGCGUGACCCUUUACGCGAUGGUAACGGGCAGGGUGCCAUGGAUAGGUGCCACGUCCACCGACCUACAGAAGCGGAUCCUCUCGGAGCCUCUCACGUUUCCCCCAAGGCCGCAGCUGUCGAGAUCUCUCAAGAGGUUCCUGGCGCGGAUGCUGGAGAAGGACCCUGUUGCCAGAUUGACCAUGAAAGAGAUUAAGGAACACGAAUGGUUGACCCUCGGAGGCAAGGAGCCCUUGCCCUCCGAGGAAGAGAACUGCCGUCUGGUGGAGGUGACGGAUGAAGACAUGGAGCGCGUAGUCACCUCCAUCCCGAACCUGUCAACCCUCAUACUCAUCAAGACAAUGCUCAAGAAACACAGCUUUCAGAAUCCAUUCCUACGUAGUCGCGAAGGCAGCGCAAGACGUGAGUCUACUGACGCAGGAGCGGUGGUGGGUGCUGAUGAAGCUGAAAGGGAAGGGGAAGCAGCUCGAGCCACGCGAAGGGCCAAUCUCGCUCGUUCAGGGCGGUCAUUAUCAGCCCCCGGGAACUAUCUGACAGACAAGCAACAGUCGUUCGAAAUCGCACUCGAGUCAGUUCAAGAGUCCAAAGAACGUGACGUGAAACCGACGAAACUUACUGAACAGAGUGUCCAGAAUGCUCCUAAAGCUCAGCCUAACUCCAAAGUUCAAGAGAAGGAAAAUAAACAGAAUGGAAGUAGAAAGGAGAACAAGGCAAGGUGAUGCCGAGCGCCUGCGCCUCGCGCUUCACCUUGAGACCCGACGUACGACGCGUCCAACAACCUGUUGAGUGAUAUGUGACCCUAGUAACUAACUCAAACAUUGUUUUUAUCCAAAAGCACUUGACUUAAAUAUCACCUAGUGGUGUUGAUACAUGCUGCAAUGGUAGUGGGCUAACUUGUAAGGAGUAUGGCAGUUAUAUUAUACCUAUAUUCCUAAUUUAUUUCUUCCCGACAUCGUACUGGAACACUUCUUUGUCAGUAAGCUGGUAACUAGCCACUGUCACACCAGACCUGAGAAAGGUACUGGAAGAUCGACAUAAGUUCAAGGUGCGUAAGUGAGCAAUUUUUUAGCUUUGUCUAAUUAUUGUGAAUGCAGCGCCAUCUAGCGACAAAACAGUGUUUCUCAGUACUGUCACUAGAUGGCGCUCUUGCGAUUCUAUAUAAUUCGAACUUAACUUUUACGUGACCGAAUAAGUAAUCGCAGGUAAAAAUUUUACGCUUUUAGCUAUUUUUAUAGCAAUUCAAUCGUACAUGAAACUUGCGCUAAGUUAAGUUAGAUUGUGCGAUUUGGUCUCGAAGAUGAGAAUGACCUAAUAGAGUUUCUAUGAACAUUGUUUUUUUUUUUAAUUUCAUUUGUUUGCGUUUUGUUCUUUGAAGUCGUCAAGUAAGGUUAUUUUAAGCUGCCGCUGUCGAAACAUGCAUUUAACAUUAAAUAAAAAAUAGGUCAGUUUACAAUGCAUUUUUAUAUGCUUAGCAUUUUUCCUGAAACUCUGAAGUCAAUUUAUUGCGUUGUCUAAAACUAUUAGUAUACUUAAGGUAAUCUUUUAAAAUAUUGAAAAUAUAUAUUUAUUAUAUAUAAACAUAAAGUUGAUUCCAAGUCUUGACUACCAUAAAAUUUUGGUACCUUACGUGAGUCUUAUAUAGUAACUAACCAUUAUUAAAAAAUGUAAAUACGUUUUAUUGGCAAAAAAAAUCACCUUCCUUAGAUGCCUGAGUUUGUAAAAUAUUUGAUAUUAAAAUCGUAUCACAUUAGUAACUGAAAAUAAAAGGUGUCGAAUUUCAACACUCAGUCUCUAAAUAAAAUACCAUUAUGUUAUUUUUUACCUGUUGUUUAUAGAAGAGGUAAAACGUAGCCUAACUUAAUAUGAAGGUAAAAAAUUCAAAAAAAAAUCAAAAUUCAAAAUUCAUUUAACAAAAUUUGUAAUAACGAUAAAUAAAUAUUAACAGUAUUAUUUAUUUACCUGAUAGUUACGUUAUGUCACGCCGUCGCUGGGAAAUAAACGUCAUAUAGCAUAUAACAAAACAAGUAUAAAAUAUCCAAAGACAAUAUUUGUUUUUAUUUUGAAAAGAAUUAUGAAUA